AUGCGAACGAUUUUUGUCCUGAUUUUUGUUUGUACCUCGGCACUGGCAGUCAGUGGAAAACAGAUUGUGCGUGGGAAGCGACAAUGCGCUUCUUGUCUUCAGAUGGAAGUAGAAAUGCAGCAGACAAUUCCUCUCUACCAGCAACCCACGUGUAAAUGCCCUACACAUUGUCGUUGCGCCGUCACGAGGCAGGGGACGCCAUAUUGCGCGUGCCAACCUGUCGUCUCGCCUAAAACGCAAACUGUCACCCAACGAAUCCCACAGACCCCAUGUAAUGCCUGUUCUCAAGCCUGCGCGUCAGCAUGCCGCGACAGCCAGCUAACCCCGAAGCAAUGUGGCUGUGAGAAAGUGUGUAGCCCAGUAUGCACUACGGCUACCGUAUCCUCUGUCCAAUUGCAAUACAACCAACCCAUGGCUGCCCCAACUAUGGCCCCAAAAACUACGAGAAUGCCCAGACAGACGGACUAUAAUACGUGCCUUCCAAAAUGCUCGGAUUUAUGCCGCCAAUUCUGCCCCUCGACCCAUUGCAUCAACAAAUGCCAAUAUGGAUGUUUCACGGCUUGUCUU